AUGCAGCGUAUGCAACGUCUAGCCUUCUUCACUGGGUAGGUUAAAGCUUGUUUUUUUAUGUAGAAAUCAUAUGACCCUAACCUUUUCACAAAUGUUUUUUAUUUACGCCAUGGAUAAUAUAAUUGAUGAAAUUGUAGUCGUCGUAUGGUGUCGUCUGGUUUGGGUGACCCAGGAUCAGGAGCUGGAAGAGGUGGUGGCUCCGGUGGGUCAGUUCGUGAUGCUGGUGGUGCUUUCGGAAAGCUCGAGGCUGCCCGAGAAGAGGAGUACUUCUACAAACUGGUAGGUGUUGAAAGAUUUGGUUGUUUGGUAUUUUUAGGAAAGGUUAUGUGGAAAAGUGGAAAUUGUUUCAGCUGCAGAAUUUACUGACGCAUCUUUUGACACCAUUCCUAGCGCGAAGACUUUGGGUUUAAUGGCACUACCGGCCAGAUUUUUAGCUGACCUAGUACAAUAUCAAACUAUGUGUUUUUUCAACAGAUUCUGCGUAGUUUUUUGGAAGCUAUUGCUCAGAAUUCAUGGGCCUAAAUUGUAGAUCUUCUGAACAAAUUAUUAAAGGUUCUAUUGAAAAAUUGACCUAGAAAUUUCCACUUCCUUUUUAAACCCAAAUUACUUGUUCAACUUCAGCAACGAGCCCAGCUCAAGGAGUUGAAGGCUCAAAUUGCCCGUGAGAUCGAGCAUCACGAGCAACAAGCCAAGAACCACUCCGAAGUCAUUGAACGCCAUAAGAAGAGAAUCGCCGAACUCGAAAGUGAAGAGAAGGGCCUGAAAUAA